AUGGGGUCCGUCCAACGACUGAUCCCACAGUUUGCGGACAUGAUGGCCGCGGAGGUGUCCUUCAACAGCGGCCACAGCGUCAUCACGAUCAUCACCAGCGCCGCCUACUUUGUCGUUAUCUGGAUAAACGGAGUGAUCCAAUUUUACAGUCCCCGUGCCCGCGCCCGCCGUCGUGUAAUCGUGGGCCUCCACAUUAGCCGGCGCUCCAUGCACAACGGCCCUAUUGCCCUCCUCCAGCUCUGCGUCGCCAACCAGUGCCUCAUCUACCAGCUGCUGCACCGCAGCGACGCCGCCCCCCCUGUCAGGCUCUAUGAGUUCCUCGACGACAACCGGUUCCGCUUCACCGGCUUUGAUGUGGAGCGGUCCGUGAAUUCGCUGCGGAUGGAAUUCGGCCUCACGGUGAGGGUUUGGGCAGACCUGGGGGAUGCGGCGUCGAGGAGGCUGCAGCAGGACGAUCUGCGGUGGGCCGGGCUGGACCAACUGGUGAGGGAGGUGAUGGGGAUGGAGAUGAUCUGGCCAAACGAAGUGCGGUGGACCACGUUGCUCGAGCGAGUGCUGCCCCUGGAGUACGUCCCGUUAGCAUGCGUCGACGCCGUCUUCUCCUACGAGCUCGGCAGGAUUCUGUUAGGUUAG